CAUUGAAAAAAGGUAAAAUUGUUAAAAAAUAUCUUCCUGGUUGACUACUUUGACAGAUGCAAAUAAACAUUUUGAUCUUGAAUAGAUCGCGUAACAGUUACCAGUAUUAUCGUCAUAAUCUUCUGUCAGUCUUUCACAUUAAAUGUAUGCGGAAUAGGUAACUUAACAAUUUGAUAUAAAAGCAAAGCUUCAAAGUGAGCCUGAGGAAAUGGAAUAUUUACAUUUGUGAUGUGUGGCUUUAUUUCUAAUUGCUGGAGUGGAUAACUGAAUGACAGUUUCAUGUUGGAGAUAUAACAAAUGAUAGUUUAUACCUGGAUCCUAGGUCUCUGUAUUAAAUACUUGUACAAUAAUGAAUCUUUUUGUCACUGUGUCAGUCAUGUAAUUGCCUGCAUUUUUAAAAUGGGUAGCUGUGUGUGUAAGGAAAAGACUAGUGCACGUGGAGAUGCUCCCACACAGUCACGGAAUCACAACAGGCCUCAGAAUGAGGCACGGAUAGGAGUCGUCCAAACUGACUCGGCACGAUCCGAUGCUGAGAGUUCAACAUCUUCAGGUUACCAUGGCAGCCAGAUACUUAUGUCAAGGUCAGCUUCUAAGAAGACUGUACGGUCUCUGGUUCUUGAGACGCUGUCCGUGAUUAGAACAUUGAUUGACAAUGAAACGGAGCCCCCACAGGCAAUGAUACAACUGCACAAGAUAGCUGAGACAGAGACUGGCUGGCUUGAUGUGGCCAAGUCAUUGAUACAGGCUAUACCAAUGAAAGAUCCACUAGGACCCGCUGUGAUAACACUUCUGUUAGAUGAAUGUCCAUUGCCAACUAGGGAAGCUAUUAUUGAGUUACGGAAGAAUCUUGGCCUAUCAAAGAAUGGCCCAGCAUCUGCUUACAAAGAAUGCUGUUGUCAAAGAAAUCUCUGUGUACUGCUAGGUUGUUUAGCCGAAAAAUUAGCAGGUCCAAACAGUAUCACCUUAUUAUCGCCAGAAGUUUUAGAAUAUCUUAUAAGUAAUUUGACCAUGACACAUCCAUCAGUUAUUGUUUUACAUUCCAUUGUGGCAUUAGAAAAAUUUGCACAAACCAGUGAAAACAAAGUGACAGUGAUUAAGUCUUUGUUGUCAUUAGAACCAAAUCCAUUAGAAACCUUGGAGACACUAUGGCAUGACACAGACUAUCAGAAGAGAGAGGUUGGUUUCUGUGCACGCUGGUGUCUAGAUAACUUAUUUACUUCUGAGGGUAGGGCAUAUUCCUAUAAAAAUGAAGAUCUGAGCAAAAUCAAUGUAAUGCUUAAUUGCAAUGAUGUUAGCGAAUAUCUCAAGAUUUCACCUGAUGGCCUAGAGGCUAGAUGUGAUGCAUCAUCAUUUGAAAGUGUGCGGUGUACAUUCCAAGUAGAUUCUGGGGUGUGGUACUAUGAGGUUACCAUAGUAACAGCAGGUGUCAUGCAGAUAGGUUGGGCCACCAAAGAUAGCAGCUUCCUUAAUCAUGAAGGGUAUGGUAUUGGAGAUGAUGAAUUCUCUAUAGCAUAUGAUGGUUGUCGGCAAAGAAUAUGGUAUGGUGCCCACAGUCAACCUCAUAAACAUCCUUGCUGGAAACCAGGUGACAUUCUGGGCCUCCUGCUGGAUGUUGAUAACCAAACUAUUAUAUUCUCUCUAAAUGGUAACAGACUUCCUCCAGAGGGGGAUUUAUUUAUUUGUGCUAGGAGUGGAUUUUUUGCUGCUGCCAGUUUUAUGUCUUAUCAACAGUGUGAGUUUAACUUUGGUGCCAAACCUUUCAAACAUCCUCCUGUGGACUAUGACUUCAAGUGCUUUAAUGAGUAUGGACACCUGUCCUCAGAUCAAAAAAUUAUUGUACCAAGAUAUCAGAAGUUAGCAGAAUUACGUAAUGUACAAGUGAAGGAAGAUUCAUGUACUCUCUGUUUUGAUAAUCAGGCAAAUCUUAUCCUAGAACCAUGUGGUCAUGUUGGUUUCUGCUCAACCUGUGCAUUACAACUGGAAAAUUGUCCAAUCUGUCGGCAGGAGAUAUCCGAACGUCGAGAAUUAUCCGGAUUUCCGGGAAAAACGUACAGUGUAUGCUCGGUGCCAGUCAGUACUGUAUCUAAGGACUCUUCUAAAGAGAGUGAAAAUGUUAGUUAUAACAAUGCCAUAGGCACCAAUCUUAUGAAAGAGAAAGACCUAGAUGCCAAAGAUAGGACGAAAUUGAAAAGUGUAAAAUCGGGCCGAGAGUCCAAAACUGGAAUAGAUAGAAAUGAUAGUCAGACUAAAUCGGUGGCUAGUGUAGAAAAAGACUCGACAAAAUCAUUAGAUUUUAUGAAAAACUGUGAAACAGAGCUGCCCAAAGACACAAGACUGAAAGCUGAAAACGAAAUGCACAUAGAUCCAGUUGCAGAUUCCAUUAGCUAGUGAUAAAUUUUCAAGUUUUUAGCUCGACUAUUUGAAAUGUUUUUAUAAGUAGCCAUGUUAUUGUCAUCACAGUGUCGGUGUCUUUGUUAUACCCCCACCAAACUUGUUUGAGGGGGGUUUAUAGGAGGCAGUUUUGUCGCGUCCCGUCCCGUCCCGAAAUCUAUUAUCUCAGUUAUUACCAAAUGGAUUUGAUUCAAACUUAAAAUACAUGUUCCACCUUAUCACCCACAUCAUAUGACACAAGGUGCAUAACUCUUGACACCAAGUUUUCAUGAAUUAUGUCCCCUUUUACUUAGAAUUUAAGGUUAAUUUUGUUGUAUUUUCACUAUAUCUCAGUUAUUACUAAAUGGAUUUGAUUCAAACUUAAAAUAGAUGUUCCACCUCAUCACCCACAUCAUGUGCCCACAUCAUGUGACACAAGGUGCAUAACUCUGACACCAAGUUUUCAUGAAUUAUGUCCCCUUUUACUUAGAAUUUAAGGUUAAUUUUGUUGUAUUUUCAUUAUAUCUCAGUUAUUACUAAAUGGAUUUGAUUCAAACUUAAAAUAGUUGUUUCACCUCAUCACCCAGAUGAUGUGACAUAAGGUGCUUAACUCUGACAUAAAUUUUUUAUGAAUUAUGUCCCCUUUUACUUUAAAUUUAAGGUUGAUUUUGAUGUAUUUUCACUAUAUCUCAAUUAUUACAAAAUGGAUUUGAUUCAAACUUAAAAUAGAUGUUCCACCUCAUCACCCACAUCAUGUGACACAAGGUGCAUAACUCUGACACCAAUUUUUCAUGAAUUAUGCCCCUUUUUACUUAGAAUUUAAGGUUAAUUUUGAUGUAUUUUCACUAUAUCUCAGUUACUACUGAAUGGAUUUGAUCCAGACUUAAAAUAGAUGUUCCACCUCAUCACCCACAUCAUGUGACACAAGGUGCAUAACUCUGACACUAAUUUUUCUUGAAUUGUGUCCCCUUUUACCUAAAUUUAAGGUUAAUUUUGAUGUAUUUUCACAAUAUCUCAUUCUGAAUGGCUUAGAGCCAAAGGGAAGUAACCUUUUUUUAACUUUUGUACUGAGUUUCUUCCCCUUAAAUUCCAGGAAUUAUUCUAUUUUUAGAAAUCCUAUUUUUAGAUUUUCAGUAUUUUAGGUAUUUUUCUAACUUUUUUUAUUAUAAGUCCUAUGUAAAAAGUAAAAACAUUUUUCUGUGGUAACAUGGGUCGGUAAGACACUUUUUUGUAUUCACUUUUAGUGUAUCUCUAAUAUUAGAGAUUUAAUAUAUUUACUUGUAUUACUAUACUAGUAUUACUUAUAUGUGGAAGCCCAGGAUGAAGUACUCCAAAGUAUUUUUAAGAUUCCUUAUGGUUGCCAUUCUUCUGUGACAAGACCGUAUGGUGGGGGUAUGAGUCACUCCUGUGACUGUUCUAGUUGGUAUUAACAUCACAAAAGUUAGGCAUGUAAGCUGAUUUCCAAAACUGGCCUGAAUGCUUUUAAACUCUACACAAGUCUUAGACAUUAUUAGAUGACUUCACAGAUAAGGUUUCAUAAUUCUGGCUUGUAUUUUGUCAAAAUUAUGCCCAUUUUUAACUUAUAUUUAGCUAGUAUUAUGUAUAAGGGAUCUUUUAAAAUAAUCGAUCCCUCUGUUAUAAGACAGCUCUUAUUAAACAGGGUAACCCUUGACCCCCUGUGAAAAUUAAAAGUCUUCUUUUCAGAAGCCAUCUGCCAGGUUUCAGGAUAGCUUCACAGAAAUUGGUGAAAGAUUUUUUUCAAGGUGUUUGGAUCAGAAAAAAAACAUGGCUACUAAUGAGCAAAGCUGGUUUUCCUAGUUUUAGAAGUUUAAAAAUGUUCUUUUCUGAAACAGUUGGCUAGAUUUCAAAUUAAAUUGGCAAUUAUACCUUUGGUAACCUUCUACCAAGGUUUUAAAAAUUAUUCCAGUUUGUCAAAAAGUGGGUCAUUUUUCCAAUAUGUGUAUAAAAAAGUACUGUACUGUAUUAGAAACUGCUGGCCUGAUAACAAAACAGUUUAAUACAAAUGUCUCUUAGUGUUAAAAACUUAAUACAGAAUAUCUUUUGCAUUUAGCUUUUUUAAAUGUGUUCAGUAAAAUUUUUAUUUGCACAAUUACACAAAGUCUUGGAUGAAAUGCUUCUACAUAUGAUAACCAAGACAGGUGCUUGUCCAGUUUUGAUGCCCAGAAGGUACCCCACCCAUGCUGCCCCUACCCUAAUUAUACCCCCACAAAACUAAGUUUGGGUGGGGGGGGGUAUAUAGGAGUGAGCUUGGUGGUCGGUCCGUUGGUUUUGCAUGGUUUGCGGAUGAAAGGCCUGACCAAUUUAAAUAAUUUAUGGUACACAGGUGUAACAUCAGAAAAUACAGGUCAUGUUCAAAUUUGGGGUCAGUAGGUCAAAGGUCAAGGUCACAGUGACCCUGAACAGUUAAACGGUUUCCGGAUGAUAACUUGAGAACGCUUGGUCCUAGGAUCAUAAAUUUUGGUACACGGGUGUAACAUCAAGAAAUGCAGGUCAGGUUCGACUUAAGGUUGGUAGGUCAAAGGUCAAGGUCACAGGGACCAUAACAGUUAAAUGGUUUCUGGAUGAUAAUUUGAGAAUGCUUAGGCCUAGGAUCAUAAAUUUUGGUACACAGAUGUUACAUCAUGAAAUACAGGUCAAGUUCUACAUUGAGGUCAGUAGGUCAAAGGUCAAGGUCACAGUGACUUGGAACAGUUAAACGGUUUCCGGAUGAUAACUUGAGAAUGCUUGGGCCUAGUAUCAUGAAAAUUGAUAGGGAGGUUGGUUAUGACUAGCAGAUGACCCCUAAUGAUUUUGAGGUCAGUAGGUCACAGGUCAAGGUUACAGUGAUCCGGAACAUUUAAACAGUUUUCAGACAAUAACUUGAGAAUGCUUGGGACUAGGAUCAGGAAACUUAUUCUGGAGGUUAGUCAUGUCAAGCAGAUGACCCAUAUUGAUUUUGAGUUCCAGAGGUCAAGGUCAUUUAAACCAUUUACGGACAAUAACUUGAGAACUCUUGGGCAGAGGAUCAUGAAACUUCAUAGGGAGGUUGAUCAUGACUAGGAGAUGACCUCUAUUGAUUUUGUGGUCAGUAGGUCAAAGGUCAAGCAAGUUCGGCUUUGACAUUGGCUUAGUUCUGUGACAAGGCCAUAUUGUGGGGGUAUAAUUCGUCACUCCUGUAACAACUCUAGUUAUUUCUAGGGUGGGGAUGGAGUGGUUGUGGUACCAUAAUUAUGGGCACAAAGACUGGACAAGCACCUGUGGACCAGGAAGUAAGGUUAUUAAAUUGAAAUGAUACAAUAAAAAUGAUAUAAUCCCUGAAAAUAACUUCCUAUGUUUGUAAUUUAAGUGCUUAAAUGAUGUUGUAUAGAAUUUAAUACAAUUUAACGUAGAGAGGUAAGAAUAUAAAAAAAAGCUUUAAUAGCAUAAUGAUUACUUUGCAGGGAUAUAAAUUAGCAGGGGCCCAGUAGCCCACGGCCCCUAGAUUUUGGGCUGGGCCCCUAAAUUGUUAAAGAAAAUGCCCAUAUACCUAAUGUUAAACAUUUAUUUUUGACAGUCUGGGCCCCUAAAUAAAAUUAGCUAGCUUAUAUCCCUGCUUUGUAUAUUAAAAACUACGGCUUGGCAGUUUUUCUCAAAGAUACCAUUUCUUGCUUGACUACUCAAAGAAUAAGGAGGGUUGUUGUACUCAUGUCAGUGUUGCCAUCACUGUGGGCAUGGCUUUCAGGUUAAACUUUAAUGUUUUAUGGCAAGUUUCUCAACUUCACUAUAUCUUCUUAACUACUGUACCUAUUAUCAUCAAACUUCACAAAAGUGUUAGGUCUUGAUGAGAUGCAGAAAUCUUUUAGUUAAGGGUCAGGUAUCUUGAAGAUCAAGGUCACUGGACCCUACUCCUGACACAUUAUAUCCCUCACCAUCUCAAAAAAGUUCUUUAAGGUUUUCUUUCACACUACCUUAUAAAUUAUAUCUUGUAUUGUUUCGUAGUAUCUAUAUCCCCCCUGCCCCCCACCCCCAUGCAAGCACACACACACACUUCAACUUUUGCUCAGAUGUACAGUUUCUUAGUUCACCUUCACCUUGCUUUACACCACCUCCCCUCAACACACAAAUGAAGGUGAAAAAUCUAUACACUUUUUGUUUUUGUAUUUUAUUAUUAUCAUUUUCACUUCACUAUCGAUACACAUUUUUGAGUAGUCAAGUACACUUCUGACAGCUCUUCUUAACCUUUCUAUUUGAAUUUCAUACUUUAAAAGCAUUACACCUAAUAUGGUGAAAGACAACACUGUGGCAUAAACAUAACUUCAUAUUUGAUUACAUUGUUUUUCAGUGAAUUAUUGAAAUUUUCCUGUAAAAUAUAUAUGAUAUUUUUACAGUGCAAAAUGUUCUGGCAUGGAACUACCAAAUGUGUAAAAUUUGGUGGAAACAAUUGAAAAAAAGACAUGAAGUGAUAUUAAAAAAUUUGUGCAUGUAGAUUAAAAUAUCUUUUACUGUUGAAAACCAGAUCUUUCAUUUUCAUUCAAGGCUAUGCCACUCGUGUAAAUCAUUCAUUUGGUGUUUACUCGGUGGAAGAUGUUCUGAUCUUGCACUGAAACAAACGAGUAUCCUCUAUAUAUACUUGGGCUCUCACUUGAUAGCUACCAUUUAAGGAUAUUGUAGUCAGAACUUUUGUGUAAUGGGUAAUGGACUGUUACCAAACAAAUAGCCUUGCAGUAUUUUCUCAAACUGUUUGAGCUUCUGUUAAUGCAUAAAGUAUUGCUAAAGAAUACCACAUGCUCAUUUCUUACUAAUAUACUAACACUAGAUUUGGGGUUGUAAGUGUGUGGUUAAUUGUGACAUCAAUAAAAUUCAUAGUUAACAUGACAUCAGCAAUUCUAACUGACCAAUCAGAGAGCUGCAAUUCUAACUGAACAGUCAGAGAGAUACAUUUUCAAAUACCAUAAUUCAGUAUUGAUUUCAUUGUUUACCAGACUAGAGUUAAAAGGCAUAAGUGCUAUUUCAUACCUUUUGACUAAAUUAGUUACAGUUCAUUUAAAACCACUAUCAGAUCUUUAUGUGCCAUAAAUUAACAUUUUACAAUUUUUCACAAACUUUUUUUGUUUACUUUUAGAUUCUUUAAAUUUUGAACAGGUUGUUAGUGAAUCUCCACUUAAUUUUUAAAGGUCCAGCUAUGAGUUUUACAUCAUUAGUAAAGUCUUCAGGGGUGGUUGUAUAAACUUCUUGGACUUUAAGGGCAUUUUUUGUUAUUGCCAGUUUUAUGGCCAAAAAUAGCACAGAAUUGAAAAGUGUAAGUAAUGUUAGUAAUAGUAAGAUUUGGUAAGAAAUAUUAAUUACAACCAUUUACAAAGUGUGACUUUUAUCUGUUGUAAAAGAACUAAAGGAAUUGGGUAUAAAAUCGUUCAGUCUACUCUGUAUUGAGACAUAUGAACAUAGAGUUUUUGUCUGACACUUCA